UUGUCGCACGUGUUCCUGCCGAUGCUGCUGAUUAAACUCAUAAUUAAAGUCCUCCGGUCCGCAGCUAAAUGUUGUUUGGAGUUACCAGUGACAUAAAUGACGAGCUAAUUAAUUUGGUCAGCUGUCAAUCAAAUGGUUUUGGUGCCAUACCCUCAUUGGUGCCUCUAUUUAUUUAUAAAGCAUCCUUCACACUAAAAGCAGCUCAAAUUUCUGUACAUAUCAAUACAAGCAAUUACCCACCCCAACCCCACAUGUAAAAACACACCACUGCAUAGAAAAUGCUCAGACUAAGUAGUGAUUCAACUCAGUAAAUACAGUUAAAAGUCGAGUCUUGAGCUGCUCUUAAAGACAGCAACGUUUUCUGCAGUCCUCAGGUUCUCUGGCAGAUCGUUCCACAAACGGGGGGCCACAAUAUUGUAAAGAAGCCUCACCAAAAGUGUGAGUUCGGACUCUGGGAACUGUUAAUAGUGCGGUCCCAGGGGACUUCAGGGUCCCGCAGAGGAUCCUGAGAUCCCGAACAGCACCAGACUUUUACCGACACCUGGUGACCGCGCCCCUCCAUGUGACCACGCCCCUCCAUGUGACCACGCCCCUCCAUGUGACCACAGCAGACCCUCCAGGUCUCCUGAUACAACACAGAAUCGUAACUUUAUCAGUAAACAAAAGCUUAUUUAGCAAAGAUGUAUCAUAAAUCCACUAUCAUCUUUGAGAAACUGGUGCCAAACAAAAAACACAUUCAUAUUUAACAAACAGAAUAAUUGUAUUCAUCUAUCAAUGAGGAAAAAAAUAACAACGUAAUGUUAGCAGAUGAAUUAAAAAGUGGGUUAAACUGAAAUGAAACAAAAUUUGUUGUAUGAAACCUGGAUUUUAAAAAAAAAGGUGUCGUGUCUCAUUUCUCUGGAUUUCCUGUUAAAAUCACCCGAUAUGAGCUUCAAAGCUGGUGAACAAAGAGCAGCUUUCACACUGAAGCUGCUUUUCUCACACUUUGAUCAGUUUGCUCUGUGAGCCGUCUGUCACAAAUUUAAUUAGAAAGGCAAAUAAUAACUGUAAGGUAUAAGCUACACGCAGCAAUGUUAUAAUCCAUGCAGCACGCGAUGCUGAAUAAGGCUGUCACAGUUUGCCUGUUAAUGUUGGCACGCUAUGGAGGAUGGCUAAACUUAUUAAUUUUUUUUCUUCCUCCUCUUUUUGGCUUUUUGAGGGUUUCCUUGUGAAAAAAUGUUUCUUCCCUGUUUUGAAUAUUUAAAUAACAAAAUGUUCAAAUUCAGCUGCUGUUUAGAGACCAACAGUUUAGCUGGGACAGUUUUCAGCAGCAGAGCAUCAAGAGAAGAGCAACACAUUCCCUGAGGGGAAAAAGGAAAGAGAUAGACAAACUGCUGGAGGAAAAUAAUUCAUCUGACAGCAAAGAUGCAGUGGAGUCUGAUUCUGCUCUUCCUGAUGGGUCAGUGUUCCUUCAUGGACUGUCAGCUCUUUGAGUAUCUCUAUAUUAAACAGAAUAAGAACUGGACUGAAGCUCAGCAGUACUGCAGAAAGAAUCACACUGACCUGGUCACAGUGACUAACAUGAAGGACAUGGAGAGACUCAUCAACAUCUCAGCUGGAGAUAAGAAGGAAGCUUGGAUUGGUCUGUACGAUCAAACACAUGGUACCAGAACAUGGUACUGGUCUCUGCCUGGAGUGGAGUUCAAUGAAAGUGAGACCAAGUGGAAUGAAGGAGAACCAAAUGAUGAAUCUGAGAACUGUGUGAUUCUCAGUCAAAAUCUCAAUUGGAUAGACCAAAAAUGCAAGAAUAAAAAAUAUUUUCUCUGCUAUGAUGAAAAUGAUAGAAACCCUAAAUACCACUUGAUUAAAGAGGAGAAGACCUGGCAGGAAGCUCAGAGUUACUGCAGAGAUAAACACACAGACCUGAUCAGUGGAACGAAACAACUACAGGAUGAAGAAGUGAAGAAAUUGAUGAAGUCCAAUGAUCAACCAUACAUUGGUCUGUUCAGAGACAACUGGAGGUGGUCAGAUGGAAGCAGUUUCUCUUUCAGACACUGGAAUAAAGACUUUAACAAUCCAGAAUCCAUCAGUGAUCAAUGUGCCAUGACUGAUGAUGGAGGCAGAUGGAAGAAUGACAACUGUGCUGAAAGAAAACCCUUCAUCUGUUAUGAUGAUGAAGUGACCCUGAUCAAAGAAAAUAAAACCUGGGAGGACGCCUUGUACUACUGCAGAGAUCACCACCAUGACCUGGUCACCAUCACCAACAUGGAUGAUCAGAGAUGGAUCCAGGAGAAAGUCAGGAAGGCAUCGACUGGUUAUGUCUGGAUGGGUCUGCGUUACACCUGCACUCUGGAUUUCUGGUUCUGGGUCAGUGACGAGGUGGUCAGAUAUAAGAACUGGGCCUCAGGUGAACCGAUGGACGACUGUGACAUGUCUGGAGCCAUGGAGACGGGAGGAAAACAUCUGUGGAGGAAGAAACAUGACAUCGAGGAUCACAGAAAAGCAGUCGAUUCAAUUCUCCAAAAAGGAAAACAUAAGUGGGUUUCAGCUAUUUGUGAGGUUUUAAGUUUGAAUAUGACUGAAUAUUAUGCCAGAAAAUGUAUUUAGGGAGGGAGAAAGUGUAUUUAACCCUUGAUAUGACGUGUUUCAUCCAACAGAGACAGAUCGCAAAAGGAAAAUAAUCCAAUUUCCUGACGGGUAAAUUGAUCUGGAACAUGACAUUCACUCUCUUCCGUGACAUCACAGAUUAAGAUGGAUUAGGAAUAAAUUUGUCUGAUUUUAUUGUAAAAACACCAGAAACUGUUUACCUCCUAAUAAUGCUGCAAAUAUUGGUGGAGAUGUUAUCACUGAUUAGUACCUUGAGCAACAUGUUUUAUGCUCACACCUCAGUGUCGUUUCAUGGACUGUCAGCUCUGUCAGGAUCACUACUUUAAUGAGAAUAAGUCCUGGACUGCAGUACUGCAGAAAGAAUCACACUGACCUGGCCACAUGUCCUUCAUGUUAGUACAUAAAAAGACUACAGGAGUUUUUUGACUGUAUAUUUUCUUCAGUCUUUCACAAAUACAAAAUUUCAGCUACUCCUCUUCAAAUCUUAAGAACAAGACACAAAUUGUAUUCUUUGAGUCACUCUUUGAAAAAUUUGAUU